GCACAAUUCGACUAAUAAGAAUAAUAAAGAAGCGGCUUGCUGAUGGUUUAUGAGGCCAAAAUCGAUCCAUCGCUUGCCGAUUUAUUUCGGAACAGUGAUAAGGAGCCGUUUCCAGCGAUGACUCACGAGCUACCGCCGGAGAAAUCACUGAAAGCGCGGCUGUUGGAGCAAGAAGAUGAGAGAAUUUCAAAUGUUUUGGCUCACGAGAAACGAUUUUCCACGGAGCCUGUGGUGAUCGAUGACGUGUUUAUGUCCAGAUUAUGUGUGGACUCGCAGCCGGGAUGCUCCAGAAUUCCAGAUAUAGACAUCGCUAAUGUUUUCAGAGAUGAUCUCGAAUCAUGUACCCUCUCAUCAUCAGAAGACGAGGAGGAGGAGGAGGAACCAAUUGGUCAAAUUUCAACAUUUGAGAUGCUUCAUGCUCCUCGAAAACCGAUUGUGUGGUCAGAGCAGGAACUUUCUGAUUUUGAUAUGAAAAGCAGGCUACUGGACAUGCGAAUGGACCAUUGGGAUUUGGCGAGAAUUGCCAAUGUACCGAAGCGAAUUGCCAAGGGGGAAACUGUUAACUUGAGAAUGCCCAGAUACAGCGCGGAAGUGGUAAAGCAGAGAAUUGCAAAAGGAGUCACUGACAUAUUUGGACACUUCUCGCUGGUCCCGCAUACGCUCACAAAAUCGCAUAAACCGGUGGCAGAGAGAAAGCAAAUUCUGAUCGAACGCUACCACGAUCUGAUGAAUGAUUUCGACUAUGCCACGCGACCGGGCAGCGUGGAGAGCAAGAAGUACGCAAAUCUGACGAAAAGGCUCAAUCUGUGCAAUGAUUUCUUGAGUGCACCGAAGCUUCCUCAUCGACUAUUCCCAAGGCUCAUUAUUCGUUCAAUUCGUCCGCCGGAGACGCCCAAGGAGCCUGUGAAACGAAAAAUGAGAGAGAGUGAAAGCGACGAUUCGGUUAUAAUUAUUCCGAGAAAAAUUGAGAAGGAGAAGCCACGGCCGACCACUGAGAAUGUAGUUUUAAAGAAGGUUGAGAUGGAAAAGAAACGUCCACGAUCUCCAGAACUAGUUCCCAAAAAGAUUGUGAUGGAGAAGGAACGACCGAGUUCUCCAGAUUCGGAAGCAGAGGAAAGAGAACACAAUUUGAGAAUUGAAAAGGAAAGACAUCAGAAGGAGCUUGAGUUCAGACGAGAAGCACUCAGAAAGCGUGAACAAGAACGCGAGGAGCACAAAAAACGAGCUCAGGAGGAGCUGAGAAGACAGAUGACCGCCGCGCUGGAAGAAUCGACGAGACGACAAGCGGAGAUGAAUCGUCAAAUAGAGGACGAAGCUAGAAAACGUGAUGAGCUUCAACGCAUCGCUGAGGAGAAGAAACGGAAGCAAUUGCUCGAAGAUCAGUGUCGAGCCAAACAGGAGAAGGAGAAGCGCGACGCGGAAGAAUUGGAACAGAUGAGACUGAACAUAGCAAGACUCGCCGGAACGAAAGAUGUUGAGAAUGCUCUCAAAAGUCCGAGUCUGGUGGAAAUUGUGCCGCCGUCUGAUGCCAGAGCAUUCGAAAUGAUCAAAUGGAACGCUGUCAAGUGCAAAAUACCCGAAAAUUGGGAGAAAAGAAAAGAUAAGUUCUACCGCGUAUUUGAAUGGCCGUCAGACGCAGCUCAGCGAGAUAUUGAACGAGAUGAAGUUGUAUCAAUUCCCCGUUCCAAGCCAAUAGUUAUCCCACAGGAAGACACGUAUAUCACAAGAAACAGAAUUCCCUUGAAGUUGCCUCCGAAGGUUAAGCAGGCGGUCCCAGCUCUUGUAGUUCGUAAUUCGAAUAAUGCGACACGAACAGUCGUUGCCGCAACAGUGAAUGAGAAUGGAAUUCAGUGGCCAGCAGAAACGAUUAAUAUAGAUGAGGUUGUUAGAGAGAUUAGAGGACUAAUGGCACCGACUAGACGGAAUUUUGCAAUUAGUCUAUCACCGAAAACCGACGAAAUUGACUAUCAAGCUAUCAAUCUGAAUCGUCUCAAAAGUGGUAUUGUCUAUCCCUUCUAUUUCUCCGAUGGAUUGUACUGGCCUUUAGUCUUCUUGAAAUCAAGCAAAAAUGGAAAGCCCGAGGCACAACGUCACGUGGAAGCUCUCACUUCUUGUAAAUCAUUUUCUGGAAAAUACGCGUCCCGAUACUUGUUGACGACGACAAAAGAAGAAGAUUCGGCAACGAAAAAGUUUGAGGACGCGUACGCGGAUAGCGACGGAGACUGGGCUGACUAUUCGACGAAACCUGGAAGAUUCUCGAAUCGUGCGGGCUUUAAACCCCAUUAUGACACUUCGAAUGACUCGUUUGAAGUGCAGAAACAACGAGCCGUCGACAGUUUAAAUUCACAGUAUGAGAAAGAACGCAACGAAUUAGAUGCUUUUGGAAGAUAUACUGAUGAGUAUAGAAAACGAAAGGAUCGAGCCCAAUAUCAAAAUCACAUCAAAACACAUUUGCGUGAGCUUGUCCGUGAUGCACGUCUCGACGCGUUCUCAUUCAAAGAAGAAUUCAAGGAUUUCGAAGGCGGAUUCGAAGAUUACCCGGGAACACGUGUCGAACCGUAUGAAAAUGAUUGGUACUCCCAUGGAUACACUCUUUAUUCGCAUACACGUGAUGCUGCAUACGCUGAUUACAUGCAUGAUGUAUGUAAACCGUACGAGGAUAUGCUCCCGCCAACUGAAUAUCACGAAAUUUUCAACGAAUGGUGCUUUACGCCGAUGCUCGCCUCGCUUCAUUAUCAGUUGAAAAAGAAUGCAUUUGAUGUUCUCUCACCGCAAGACGUGAAAGAUAUGGAAGCUCGUCAUCGAAAAUACAUUGGACUUGUCCAGAAAGAGCGAAAAUUCAGUUUGGAGCAAGCGCUCGAUGUGUGCAAGUUGACCGAUUACGAUAAACGGCAAUGGACCAUUCUUCACGAUCAGCUUGUCACUCAUUUCAAAGACUUCCCUUCAAUUUCGGGCUUGGUGUACGACAGAAAUACUAAUCUAUUAGCGAACGUCAACAGAAAUUUGAAGCACCUGUUCUCGACGAUCUACAGAGACGAUUCUCCGCCAGAUGAUCAAUUCUAGAAGAUUUGUUUAUUUAUUUAGACCCUCCACCCCCUACUCUUUCGGGCAUCAAAAUCUGGCACGGUGCAAGAUUCCCUUUUCGGAGGGCCUCACUGUUUCAUAGAUUUUAAAAACAAUUUUUCAGCCCCCUUUGUUAAAGAAACCAUGUUGUAUUGAGAAAUCUUUUUUUGGAAGUCUUUGCUAGAAGUUUUCUGGUGUUUCACCGAAAAUAUUUAAUUACAAAAAAUUUGUUUCUCAAAAUUGACCCCCGAUUUUCUGUUGUUGAUUUGUAAAAUUUAUAGAUUUAUUCCCAAUUUUGAUCAUAAUUUAUAGCCCCAACCGAUGCUCUUAAACCCCCAACCAACGACCUCAUAUCUAAUUCAGGUAUUUUUUCCCCAAUUGUUUCAUCCAUGUCACUGCAUUUCCGCCACUCCCAUUGCCCCCUGAACCCCACUUUCCCCUCAUAUUGACUGGUGAUUUUCAUUCUUUCCAUUUGUUUUUGGAUGCAUGUUUUAUAAGGUUUAAAAGGAUUUUUUACAAAUUCUAUGAAGUUUUCGCAUUUCG